AUGCCGCGAAACGAUUUCCCCUCUGCGAUCCAGGCUCCGAUUUCACCUGGUUAUAGCGCCGACUGGCCCUUAAUGCCUUACCGCCCUGGCUCUUCUCAGCAGUCGAACGCCCUGGCAGGGUCCGCUGGCUGGCUCCAGUUCUUAGGUCCAGCCGCCGCAUCGUCUGGAGAAGACCCAGACACCAUGGCUGGAGUCGGCGACUUCAACUACGCUCAGCGUUUCAACGGCUUGAGCCUCAAUGGAUUCAUUCCAGUUGAGCACCCAGGUGUCAUGGGACAUGUGGGAGACUACAGUCAAGACUUCGCGACACACAUGUCUUCUGUACACCCGAAUGUCAUGGGGAAGCUCGAUAGCAUCCCCAUCGCCAACCAAGCCUCACCACUCCUGGGUAUUGAUCCCAACAGGACCUAUCCAAGCUUUGAUGGAGGAGAUCCUGCUACACAGUCAAUUGAGAGCCCGCCUUCAAGCAACAAUGGCUGGACCAAGGAGCAGGACAAACUUCUCAUGAGUCUCAAAGCCCAAGGUCUUGGAUAUUCUGCUAUUCAAGAUGAGAUGAGAAAGCAAUUUGGAUGGACUAGAAACAAGAAUGUGUUGGUCAAGCGCUUCGCGGUGUUGAAGAAGCGCUGCAAACCGCAGAUCAAAACUCGCAUUGUUCGAGAUAUAUCCAAAAAGAUUACUCCCGACAUCAUCAAGGCUGUAGGAAAAGAACUCGAGAAAGUUACCUCAUCCGGUAGCAAUAGCAUUGCAACAGAACUUGAGGACUUGGUCCCAUUGAGGCUCCCGGAGUUUCUUGAACGGUUAGUUGCAGAUGUUGGUGUCUCGCUUCAUCAGAUAGUUGAGGAUGAUAAAAGAUCAUCUGCUUGA